AUGUCCUUCAAUUCGCAAAAAAACAGAGGCACCAGCGUCUUCCGUCGGAAAGAUGCGCCCAUUGCUCCUGGCAAUGGUUUCGACCACAAUAAAAAACGCAUGAAUGCGUCGAAUCCUCCCACUGCUCCUCGCAGUUUUCAAGAUGCUCCUGGCAUCAACUCCGGCUACAACAAAAAACGCAACAACUGGUCGGACUCCUCGGCUGCUCCUGGCGCCUCAUCCGCUUUAGGCGGAUCCUCCACUGCUCCUGGCAGACCAUAUAUUGCCUCUGGCAACUCCACUACUGCUCCUGGCGGUUUCAAUGGCGCUCCUGGCACCAACUUCGACUACAAUAAAAUACGGAAUAACCGGUCGAACGGCAAUCAAAGGAACCAAGUUCCUUAUCAAAAUCGGAAUCAGAACACUGGCUACAAUAACAAACGCAAUAACGGGCCAAACAACGGUGUUCGCUCUGGAAACAUUUCUCGCAAUAACGGUCCUUACCGUGGUAAUCAAUACCAAAAUCAACAGUGGAACAACCAACGGGCCAACCAAGGCCGUCAGCGAUUGUCUUCCCAGAAUCAACACCAAGACGUUGAUAUGGAUCGCCUUUCAAACUUCAACCAAGGCAAUCAAAAAUUCAAUCGAGGUGGAUACAAUCAACGGGGCGGUCGUCAAAACGUCAACUUCAACAACGUAGUAAGUACCAAUCUUUACCCCGAUGACGAAGAUGAAGACAUGUCCGGAGAUAAAUAUGACUCUGAUGACGAAUACGACACUGAAGACGAAGAUAUGUCCGAAGAUGAAUCCGAGUCCAAAGAUGAACCUGAAUACAAGUACAAACAAACAAAUUCUAACAAUUUCAAACAGCCCAAAAAAUUCCAACGUCUAUUCCGAGACAUCGGCAUCGACACCGAGAUGACAGAUGCACCAUCUGAUGAACCAGUACGUCUAAACCUAACCCCCUUCUUCCGCUACAAUCCCAACCUUACCACCUUCUUCGGACACCCUUCCAUACGAUUUACUGACCACUACCAGAGCGAUAUCGAAAUGGUCGACGCGCCCGCUCUCAUUACCGACCCGAGAAUCAAAGCCUUCGCUGAAGGCGCUCAGGCCCUACAACAUAUCGCGCAAAAAAUGACCAUCCUCGCUGGUCAACUGGAUCCUUCUGUGCUGCUUGACUACAACUGCACUGCAUGA